GCUGCCACUUGGAGACGCCUGGUCGCGAAGGGUCUGGUCAGCUGUGUCCGGCGGAGGCAGCUGCUGACCCAGCUGUGGGCUGUGCCAAGGGCGGGGGGCAGAGGGGCAGGAGCCCCGGGCACCCCCGUGGCGGGGGCUGCACCAUGGACCACGUCGGGGCGCCCCUCCGGCCCCGGGUUGGCUCCCUCUGCCUUCUGCUGGCUGGGGCCGCCUGGGCCCCCCCACUCAACCUCCCAGACCCCAAGUUUGAGAGCAAAGCAGCCUUGCUGGCGACCCGCGGGCCCGAAGAGCUUCUGUGCUUCACCGAGCGGUUGGAGGACCUGGUGUGUUUCUGGGAGGAAGCGGCGAGCGCUGGGGUGGGCCCCGGCAACUACAGCUUCUCCUACCAGCUCGAGGGUGAGCCGUGGAAGCCGUGUCGCCUAAACCAGGCGCCCACGGCUCGCGGCGCGGUGCGCUUCUGGUGCUCGCUGCCCACGGCCGACACGUCGAGCUUCGUGCCGCUAGAGUUGCUGGUCACAGUGGCCUCCUCGGGCGCCCUGCGCUAUCACCGUAUCAUCCACAUCAAUGAAGUGGUGCUCCUGGACGCGCCCGUGGGGCUGCUGGCGCGGCUGGGCGACGAGGGCGGCCACGUGGUGCUGCGCUGGCUGCCGCCGCCUGGGGCACCCAUGACGACCCACAUCCGCUACGAGGUGGACGUUUCUGCCGGCAACGGCGAAGGGGGGGCGCAGAGGGUGGAGAUCCUGGAGGGCCGCACCGAGUGCGUGCUGAGCAACCUGCGGGGCCAGACGCGCUACACGUUCGCUGUCCGCGCGCGCAUGGCCGAGCCGAGUUUCGGGGGCUUCUGGAGCUCCUGGUCAGAGCCCGCGUCGCUGGUGACCGCUAGUGACCUGGACCCGCUCAUCCUGACGCUGUCCCUCAUCCUCGUGCUCAUCCUGCUGCUGCUGGCCGUGCUCGCCCUGCUCUCCCACCGCCGGGCUCUGAAGCAGAAGAUUUGGCCUGGCAUCCCGAGUCCGGAAAGUGAGUUUAAGGGCCUCUUCACCACCCACAAGGGUAACUUCCAGCUGUGGCUGUACCAGAACGAUGGCUGUCUGUGGUGGAGUCCCUGCACCCCCUUCACAGACGACACACCCGCCCCCUUGGAAGUCCUUUCUGAGCGCUCCUGGGGGGUGACACAGGCAGUGGAGCCAGAGGCAGAUGAUGAGGGGCCCCUGCUGGAGCCCGUGGGCAGUAAGCAUGCCCAGGACACCUACCUGGUGCUGGACAAGUGGCUGCUGCCCCGGAGCCCGGCCAGGGAGAACCUCCCAGGGCCAGGUGCCAGUGUGGACAUGGUGGCCAUGGAUGAAGGCUCAGAAGUUUCCUCCUGCUCCUCUGCCUUGGCCUUGAAGCCCAGCCCAGAGGGGGCCUCAGCUGCCAGCUUCGAGUACACAAUCCUAGACCCCAGCUCCCAGCUUCUGUGCCCUCGGGCACUGCCCCCUGAACUGCCCUCCACCCCGCCCCACCUAAAGUACCUGUACCUCGUGGUGUCUGACUCUGGCAUUUCUACUGACUACAGUUCAGGGAGCUCCCAGGGAGCACAAGGGGGCUCAUCCAGUGGCUCCUGCUCUAACCCGUAUGAGAACAGCCUUGUCCCAGCCCCUGAGGCUCCACCCCCCAGCUACGUGGCCUGCUCUUAGGACACCAGCAUGCAGAUGCUUCAGUAUCGAAUAUGACCCCGAGUGCUGGUACAAGCCCAAGACUUACUGAACAUGACAGCGAAUCAUCCCUCAGGGCUAGGGGCAUUGCUGACCUUGCCUAUCUGCCCAAUCCAUCCUGCUCAGGAAAUCACAAACCUGCAGUAUUUGUAAAUAUGUAUAGUUUUUAAAGAAUAAAAUAUAUAUAUAUACACACACACAUAUGUAUAUAUACGUUUUUCUACCAUUUCUACAGACACCCUUUAGGCCCCAUCUUUCCCUGGGCCUAGGCCGUAGGGGCAGCAGUUAAAGUCCUUGAGCUCAGUCUGAAAUUCUGGACUUGCCAAUCUGAAUACAAAUCAUAAUUAAGUAAAUUAGUCAGUAUAAAUUACACUAGCAGCCAUAACAUACAGUUCCUAAAUCUUAGUGGUUUAAGGCAUGAAGUGGUCUCUUUCUGUUAUUUCAAUUCAGAUGGGCAGCCAUCUCUGCGAUGAGUCAGAGGUCCAGACCAUUCUGGUCUGUAGCUUCAUCUUCCCUUAGGGUCAUCUUGGCAUCCGUAGAUGGAUCCUCUACAUGCUGCCAGUCAACAAGCAAAGAGAGUGCAGAAGAUUCCAUGGGCCAUUUUAAGGAUUUGGCCUAGAAAUGGUCUCUACUACUUUUUCUCACAUUUCAUUUACCAGAAAUAGUCACAUGACCCCACCUAGAACCAUGAAAGGCUGGGAAAUGUAGUUUAGUUGUACACCCAGGGAAAGGAAAGCUGUUUAGUGAGACUCUAGCUAGUCUCUGCCAUAAUAACAAUUCAUAGGGCCUUAUUCUGAAUCAGACCAUGUUUUAAAAAAGCACUCUGAUGACACCAAGUGUCAUCAAGUAACUUAAUGGGAAUUCUAGUUUACUUUUAAAAAGGGUGGCAUAUGGCCAGGUGGCUGGCUC